UCAUUGUCCCAUCAUGUACUGGUUCCCGUAUGUCCUUGUCAAUUAGCAAUUGCGCAUGGCACUGACGUCACGGCAAACGGAACAGGAUGCGCUUCCUUUUCGCGUGCGCGGUACGUUAUCUCUUUCAAUUGACAUCUCUCUUCUACAAGUAUCUCCUAUUCUUUCACUGUCCUUUAGCACGAAUACCUCUCUAGUGCCCCAGAUUCCUCUAGAAGGAACGACAAAUAGAGAGCCAUUGGACCCUCUGCCCGAUAGCUCACUAAUCGGUUAAUAAGGUUUUGCCAUAUACUAUAAACUACCGUCAGUCUCGUCCCUCUCAAACCAACCAUAAGUCCUCUCCCAAGGUUCCGUAUGUGCAUGUUCCCCUCCUGUGCUGAGACCCCCGGGAAGGAAGAUCGGAAAAUCAGAGAUUAGAGUGUUUUCCUUGGCAUUAUUUGGCCAAUCGCUUUUCCGAUAAACGUGAUCUCCUCCAUUUCGCUUCGUUGUCUCAUCAUGUACUGGUUCCCGUAUGUCCUUGUCAAUUAGCAAUUGCGCAUGGCACUGACGUCACGGCAAACGGAACAGGAUGCGCUUCCUUUUCGCGUGCGCGGUACGUUAUCUCUUUCAUUCGACAUCUCUCUUCUACAAUUAUCUCCUAUUCUUUCACUGUCCUGAACAACGAAGACCUCUCUGGUGCCCCAGAUUCCUCUAGAAAGAACGCCAAAUAGAGAGGUCCAAGGAAAUCUCUUCCCCGUGACACACAAGGAAGAAGGAGAAGGACGCUUACCCGUGUCUCCAUGCUGCUCCAACACUAUUUAUGGAGCCAUUUUGUUCGAACAGAAGAGAUAAAUACAUAAUCCUUCUAAUUUCCGUAGAUCAGUAAUCGUUCUCACCUUCUCCGUCGACCUUCGUGAAGCUCACCUGAAGAUAACAAGCGCGUAGGAGUUCGGCAGCACAUUAUAUUUCAUUGGUAGUACAUAGGAAGAGCUCCAUGUUCACAUAAAUGACAACCAUUACAAACGAGUCCAGUUCCGCCACACCAAACACCUUGUCCUCCCGUAGAAUUGUAAAUCUGAUUUGGAAAAUAAAUAAUCGCUUAUGUGCAGCGCGCGCGUGUCUUCAUGAAAUGAUCCGAAACUGGCCAGAGAGCCUGAAAGAGACCAAAGAUAUGAGAGAAAGAGUCAAAAUAUUGUGAGAAAUGAGAUCUCCUAUUUCCAAUUUUCCAUUUUUCCUCCCUUACUCACUCUUUUCCAUUGUUCCGCAAUUCGCUCCGACAAGGUCCCAGCAGGUCCACGGAUUAUGUGCAGAUCAGUGUCGUGUGUCCUGCCUUACCAACAGACGGGGUAUGGUGGAAGGGCACGCCAGAAUGAUCCCUUCUCUUUCAGCUGUUUUCCAUCGUCCUUUUUCUAGCUUCAGCGGUACCGUCGCACAUCUAAUGCUUGAUUUGUUUACCUUGCUGCCUUCGAUCCGGAUUUUCUACUUUGUGCAACGCCAUCCUCGUGGCGUAGGGAGAUGACUAGGGUACGUGGAAGGAUUUCCCUUUAACCGGACCAUCCAGGAAAGGAGCUACUUCGAUGGCGUCAAACUGUUCCAGCCUCACUUUUGCGCGAACUGUCGAAUGGAAUUGGUGUGAUUGGGGAGUUGACAUCAGUUGGACCCGUUGCCAUCGUAACGUGAACCUGUCAGUGAAGGCCAAGAAUCGUAUUCUGUGCAUCAUAGUAGCUAGGCAAGUGAUAAAGAAAGGACAAUUGACGACAUGGCGGAGAAGUGUAUUGUGAACAUCGAAUCUUUGAAUCAAGCAGAAUAUAGCUUUUUUGUCAAGUAGUGAAUCAAACAUUCCUCAUUAGAUUGAAACCGGAAGAACAUUUUAAUGUUCAUCCCGGAUAUUUGCACCUUGCAAAAACGUAUCUCUGUCGCGUGUAUUAUUCCCUUCAACUCUCCGGUAUUGGAAACAUCCUGUUCCUAUCAUCCCGGAGCGGAAGUAACAACUUAAAAUGGAUUGGGACAUCGUUGACAUCUUUAAUUUCCUCCCCGAGAACCAGGAGCUAGACAUUGGCAUUCAAUCAAUCCUGCUGAGGGAAUCGAGCUUCAUCACAACACUUCCACAGGCUGAGGACGAAUCUUCAGAAUGCCACAACACACCAAUGAUCCAUUCAUCUUCAUCCUGGAAGCUUUCUAAAUGCAUAUCUCCAGCGUUGGAGCUUCGUGAUUCCCACCAGUUGUUCGACACAAUGUCCUGUUUAGAGGAGAUGGAAGUAGAACGCGACAUGUUCGGAGAAUCCAGCGACACCUUGCAAAAGGCUGCCGUUCCCAUUUCACCUCCAGACAACUGCUCCAGGGAUUCUAGUCUGCGUGACAAACAACUCCACACUGACAACAACAACCUCCAGCCGAGGGACGAAAGGCCUUUCCGGUGUGCCAUCUGUCCCAAGGCGUUCCGACUUUCCUCCACACUGUCCGCCCACAAGAAGCUGCACGACCAAAGAGGACCCAGUCUACGGUGUGAGACGUGUGGACGAGCCUUCACGCAACCCAGCGCUCUCUCGAGCCAUCGACUGCUGCAUCGGUCGGAUCGGCCACACAGCUGCAGCCUCUGUGGAAAGCAGUUCGUUCGGCUGCAUGCCCUCAAGACACACGUGCUUAGUCACGCGAAUGAACGACCCUACGAGUGUGACCAGUGUGGAAAAGCUUUUACCGAAAAGCACGUGAUCGUACGCCAUCGCAAGACGCACAGUAACGAGCGGCCCCAUGAAUGUGCCGUUUGCUCGAAGGCCUUCAAGGAGCGGUAUGACCUGCUGCGCCACACGCUCAUUCACAGUGGACUGCGGCCGCACAAGUGUCCCGAUUGCUCCAAAACCUUCGUCCAAUCCAAUGCACUGGUUAAACAUCGAAAGUGUCACGAACGGGAACGCACCGUUGGCCAUCAUCAGUUGAACGCAGCUUCCUUUGCUGUAACUAGGGUCGAAACUACUAUAUUACAAGCAAAACUUAACAAUCUAAAUACUAAAGAGACUAUCGAGCUCCUGGCCCCCAAAAUUGGAGAGUGGAUUCGUAACAAUUCCGUUCGAGAACGAUUGAACUUGUGCAACGAUGUAAAGGACAAUACCAAAGCGGCUCAGCUACGGUCUCAAGGAAAAAAAAUGUUUCACCCGAACGUGAAACGCUACAUCGAGGCCAUCAAGCUGUACAAUGAGAGCAUCGCCUUUUCCGAAAAAGGAUCGACAGAAAGGGCAUUGGCCUAUGCAAAUCGCUCAAACAUUUGUCUGAAGAUGCAACGCUUUGAAGAAUGUCGGAAGAACAUUCGGCUUGCUCGUGAGUCAAACUAUCCUGGAGAAAAGCUGAUUCAACACGAAAAAGAGGUUAAAAAUGCUUUGGCAAAGGCUCGGAACAAGAAUGCUUCUUCGAGCAAGGUUUCUCCGGAUGUGGUGGAAGAGCCCGAGCUAAGCUAUCCGGUCAAAGAGAAUGCGCCGCAAGUUGCCAACUGUCUGGAACUUCGCAAAAACGUAGAAUAUGGACGACAUGUGGUUGCCACUCGUAAGCUGAAGGUGGGCGAUGUCGUGAUGAUCGAAAGGCCGCUUGUUACCGUGCUGAAGGAUUCAUUCCGAUAUGUGCGAUGUGAUUUCUGCCAUGGCGAACGACCAUUCACAUUGAUUCCUUGCGAAGGAUGUACAAUGGCCAUGUACUGUUCGGAGGAAUGUCUGAGUAAAGCGUACAACAAGUAUCAUCGAUAUGAGUGUGGGCUUUUACGAGACUUGUGGGAAGUUUUCGAAGAAGUUCCCUUGAUUGCUAUUCGCAUGAUUGCCAUUGCGAUCGCCACCUUCGAUAACAAUCCAGAGACACUGAAGGAUCAUCUCGACGCACUGGAUGAAUCCAAUGUUAACGGGUUUACGAUGGAUUGGAAUAAAGCAACGCAACAGGACAUUUUCAACACGGUGCACGUGUUAACCACUAACCAAGAACGGCGAGACAGCAUUUUUGUUGCAUUCCACAUCUUCAAUGCUACCAUCCUACAUACCCUUAUUCUGGAAAGAACAGAGCUGGGACCGGUGUGUGGAGCAAACCCAGCGUUUAACAAGUUUUUACUAGAUUUAAUCUUGCGAUAUAUGCAAAUCGUGAAUUGUAACAGAAAAUUGUUGUCCUUUAAUGCGUACAAGGUGAAGGAAUACGAAGAUGAAUCAUUUGCAGUGGGUUGCUACCCAUUGAUUAGCAUGCUGAACCAUUCCUGUGCUCCUAACGUGCAACGCAUCACUUUGCGCGAUGGGCGGUGUGCAGUUUUUGUCAUCCGUCCAGUUCUCGAAGGAAGUCAACUGUUCGAUAGCUAUGACUUUAAUUUCCACCCGGAGAACCAGGAGCUAGACAUUGGCAUUCAAUCAAUCCUGCUGAAGGAAUCGAGCUUCAUUACAACACUUCCACAGACUCAGGACGAAUCUUCAGAAUGCCACAACACACCAAUGAUCCAUUCAUCUUCAACCUGGAAGCCUUCUAAAUGCAUAUCUCCAGCGUCGGAGCUUCGUGAUUCCCACCAGUUGUCCGACACAAUGUCCUGUUUAGAGGAGAUAGAAGUACCACGUGACAUGUUCGAGGAACCCAACGACAGUUUGAACAAGAAUGACGUUCCCAUUUCACCUCCAGACAACUGCUCCAGGGAUUCUAGUCUACGUGACAAACAACUCCACACUGACAACAACCUCCAGCCGGGGGACGAAAGGCCUUUCCGGUGUGCCAUCUGUCCCAAGGCGUUCCGGCUUUCCUCCACACUGUCCGCACACAAGAAGCUGCACGACCAAAGAGGACCCAGUCUACGGUGUGAGACGUGUGGACGAGCCUUCACGCAAUCCAGCGCUCUCUCCAGCCAUCGACUGUUGCAUCGGUCGGAUCGGCCACACAGCUGCAGCCUCUGUGGAAAGCAGUUCGUUCGGCUGCAUGCCCUCAAGACACACGUGCUUAGUCACGCGAACGAACGACCCUACGAGUGUGACCAGUGUGGAAAAGCUUUUACCGAAAAGCACGUGCUCGUACGCCAUCGCAAGACGCACAGUAACGAGCGACCCCAUGAGUGUGCCGUUUGCUCGAAGGCCUUCAGACAGCGGUAUGACCUGCUGCGCCACACGCUCAUUCACAGUGGACUGCGGCCGCACAAGUGUCCCGAUUGCCCCAAAACUUUCGUCCAAUCCAAUGCACUGGUUAAACAUCGAAAGUGUCACGAACGGGAACGCACCGUUGGCCAUCAUCAGUUGAACGCAGCUUCCUUUGCUGUAACUAGGGUCGAAACUACGUGUUGCUAAGUGGAACAGUGACGGAGUGAGAGAAGCAACAAAUGUUAAUGUUGAUUUGCAGAGUGUAAAUAGAAACGUGUUUGAGCAAAUGUUAUUGUGAGUGUCUUUGGAACGGCAUUCAGAGAACGUGUCCAGUUAAAUAAAGUGUGUAGAUAU